CCAUCACUACCAGGAGCUCGUUGUGCGGAGUAAUCUGAUACGGACUACACCUCCGCCAGCCGCCGCAUCACUGCCUCAGUCUUGGCGUUGUCUGGGAGAAUUUGUGUGCAUAAAUUUCUUGAGUAUGUCUUGGGAAAGCUACGUUGAAAACCUGAUGGCCGAUUCCACCUGUCAGGAUAGCGCCAUUGUUGGGUAUACGGAUGCCAAAUAUGUUUGGGCAGCGCAUUCCGGUGGUACAUUCAAAAAUAUUACGACUCAGGAAAUAGAUGUUCUUAUUGGUAGAGACAGAGAGACCUUUUUCACCAACGGCCUCACUCUGGGCUCAAAGAAGUGUUCUGUCCUCAGAGACAGCCUCCAAGAUGAAGCGGACCAGACAAUGGACAUCAGGACAAAGAGCCAAGGGGGAGAACCUACAUACAAUAUUUCUGUGGGAAAAGCUCAUAAAGUUUUGGUUCUUGUAAUGGGCAAAGAAGGGGUCCAUGGAGGCGGACUGAAUAAGAAGGCUUACUCGAUGGCAAAAUACUUGAGGGAUUCUGGCUUUUAAUAGUUUCAUGUCCUCUUAGAUAAAAAUGGAGGGACACAAAUGAGAGAAAAAUAAAUGCUGUUAAGAUUUCUCCUCUAAGCAGUAAAAUGUCUGGAAAAUCUAAUAACGGCUAAGUGGGGUAAGAUACUGUCACCUUUGUUCUCCUCUCCCCUCCAUCCUGAAGGGGGCAGGCUCUAUAGUUUUAUUAAUUUCUCUUGUUUUCUUCAUUGUGUGCUCCAGUGUUGGUUAUACUCAUGGUAAAGAAAGACACCAAUGGUGGAAUAUUUAACAAGAGUGUGUGUAAUGAUUGAGACCAUGAGGUAGAAUGGAUGCUGAGCAACCUCACCACACAUUCACUCCACUAACCACAGUGUGACACUGCUUCCAGGAUUAGGUGGUUAACAGUGUUACUUCCUACCCAGUCUACUUUAUACACAGCCUCUUGAUGGCUGUACUCCCUUCACCAGUUUUUAAUAAACUCUUUCCACUUGAACAUGGUGUAAAAACACAUUUGGACUCGCCCGGCCAAAGGACGUACACAUGCAGUGGUGCCUUUUUGAGCAGCACUUAACAGAUAGUUUUAUUUAUUUUUGUUUAUUUCCCGUUAAAUCUGCAUGCGAGCAUUUAAAAGUUGCAUGCGCACUCAUCCCAGCCCUCUUUCCGUCUGUCCUGGCCCUUUUUAUUCCAGCCAGAAGCAUCUUCUCAUCUGAGCCCAUCAAACUUCCAGUCACGACUUCUUUCACAUGAUUUCUCACUGUCGUACCUUAAACGUGGUCUUAAAAGUUAUUAAUGUGGUGUUGGGCUGUUGUGAGUGUAACGUAAAGUCUUACAUCUUCACAUCUUGACAUUUCAGACCACCGAGACGUACCAGUCGUCUGCUGUCUGUAGAUUUAGCUGUAAAUCACCACACACACCCUCCCGUUUGGACCAAUUAUUUUCUUUUUUUCUUAGUUUUCAGGUUUUUUUGUUUGUUCUGAUGGAUGAUUGUAAGCAUCACCUUCCGACUGCAAGUUUCUGAGACUACUUCACAUGAUUGUAGAACAGCUUGUUUAGACAUUUCAUCACUAACUUGUUGCUGAUGUUCAUUAACCAAAUGAAAUCAUUUCAUGUUGCUGUGGUAUGAAUGCAUUCUGACUGUAGACCGAGGCGUCUGGGCUCCAACACCUUGGAAUUAUUUGCCUUGUGCUUUAGUCAUCAAGUGUAUUCAGAAAUUGUCAUAGUAUGGUACUUGGUACAUGUAGGAAUGAGGGGAGGGGGGGUGUACGCUAAACGUAUUAAUAAUGGGGUUGGUUGAAAUAAGAAUGUUUGUAAAUCAAAUUGUAAAAUUUACUGAAACAUAAAAGUUCUGUGCCAUAAAAUCAGUGUGAUCUGUUACUGGUAUGAUUUGGAUUUCUCUGCUUCUUCUAAGACAUAACUUCUAAUGGCACUUUCCUGGAGUCGAUCAACUUGAGACCCGUGGAAUAUGUAUUAAAUUAAACAAGGAAAAAUUUUUUUUUAGUUGGAAACUUCUGCCACAAAAAUCUGUUUCAAAUGCCAUGAACUGAUGAUGCAUCGUGCUUACAGACAGAAUGAAUAAAGGCUAUUCCAACCAAAAAA